AUGUCCAAUGCACUUUUAACAGGGAUUGCUAAUACUCUUCAGAACAUUAGCUUUAUAACAGUAAUGAUAGAUGAGUGCACUGCAUAUAAGCAACACAGAACAGUUUUACAUUGGGUAAGUGAUGAACUUCUAGCAAAUGAAGAACUCAUAGGCCUUUAUGAGGUUUCUUCUAUUGAUACCGGCUCUCUAGUUUCUGUAGUGAAGGACACAUUACUACGAUUAAACUUAAGUUUCAAAAAAGUAAGGGGCCAAUGUUACGAUGGUGCCAGUAACAUGAGUUGUGCAAGAAGUGGUGUAGCCAAACAGAUUCUAGAUGAACAACCUAAAGCUUUUUAUACCAAAUGUUAUGGACAUUCCUUAAACUUGGCAGUUGUGGACACUAUGAAAAAGUGCAGUACAUUGAAGAAAGACCUCAAUACUACACAUGAGAUUACUAAAUUAGUGAAGUAUUCUCCAAGAAGUGAGUGUCUCUUCAAAAGCAUCAAAGGGGAUAUUACACCAGGCAGUCCUGGCAUUCGUGUACUUUGUCCAACAAGAUGGACAGUGAGAGCCGACUCAAUGCAAAGCAUUAUUCAAAACUACUCUAUCCUUCAGGAACUUUGGGAGAAAGCAGCUGAAAUUGUACAUGACAGCAAAACCAUUGCAAGUAUUAGAGGUGUUGAAUCUCAAAUGCGUUUAUUUGAUUUUUUUCAGACUCAUUUUGAGAGAAACACUUCUUCGAAACACUGA